AUUGCAUACGAGAUUUUUUUAUUUAAAAAAAAUAAAACACAAAAUUCCGAAACUGAACAAUAUUUUAUACUUUUAUACGUUAAAAUAUUAAAAUUGAACGACAAAUCAUAAAAAAUGAGUCUUUCGAAAGCAGUUAAAAUUACAUCAGUAUUUACCAAAUAUCCCAUAAUGAAGGGGAUGGCAUCUUAUGCACUAAUAUGGCCUGUUUCCAGUAUUAUACAACAGACAAUGGAAGGAAAAACAUUAGAAAAUUACGAUUGGGGUCGUUGUUUACGAUUCAGUUUAUACGGAUGUCUAUUUACUGCUCCCACUCUGUACGGUUGGGUUAGAUUAUCAAGUUCAAUUUGGCCACACAAUAAUUUUAGGACAGCUGUAACUAAAGCACUCAUUGAACAAGUUACAUAUGGACCAUUUGCUCUUGCCAGUUUCUUCUUUGGAAUGAGCUUGAUGGAAACACAUAGUGUGGACGAAGCAGUUAAAGAAGUUAAAGCCAAAUUUUUGCCUACCUAUAAAGUCGGCGUAUGUGUAUGGCCCGUACUCCAAACAAUCAAUUUUUCUCUAAUAAGUGAAUCAAACAGGGUACCUUUUGUCAGUUUAUGCAGUUUGAUGUGGACAUCAUUCUUGGCAUAUAUGAAAUAUAAAAAUGCGCCAAUGGAAUCGACCAGCAAACACGGCCAACAGCACUCUUUGGGAAAACAAUCAACGCCACUUCUAAACCAUUCUUCAAUAAGUUGAUGCCAAUGGCAGUUUAGACCAAAUAUUCUAUAGAUCAAAUGACAUUUUUGUUAUAAAUUUGUAUGUGAUGUUUAUAAUUGUUUAUAUUUAUAUAUGCUAAA